AUUUAGACUUCUGUAAGAGUGGGCAGCUAAGGAGCCCAGACUACCACAUCCAUCAACAGCAGCAGCAGCAGCAUCAAGAGGAAGAGGAAGAGGUGCUGCGUACUGGACCGGCUGCCCACGAUCACAGUCGCGGUUAUUCUCUCGGCGUGAGCUCRGAUGUGGACACGGAGCCCGAGGUGGACCCCUCUCCCGCUCACGGCCUGCAGCACAUGUGGAUGCGUGGCCUGAAGUCGGAGCAGAGCUCGUGUCUCACAAGCCGUGCUAACUCUGCCCUUUCUCUGACUGACACCGAGCAUGACAGGAAGUCCGAGCCGGACAACGAGCUUCCCAGCAGUCCAGGUGGUCAGUUCACGUUCCGUCCGCUGCCCCCGCCUCCGCCGCCGCCCCACGCCUGCACCUGUGCCCGCCCGGCGCCGUACGCUCAGGUCAGCCUGCAGAGGAAGACCAUGCCAACGCGCUGCCAAAGCAGUCAGGGGGGUCAGGGGGCAGACAACAGCUCGAACACAGACCAGGGCCAGCUUCACAACAGCUGGGUGCUCAACAGCAACAUCCCCCUAGAGACCAGACAUUUCCUGUUCAAGCAGGGGUCUGGUUCGUCAGCGCUGCUGUCGGGGGCAGGGCAGGGAUACCCCCUGACCUCGGGGACAGUUUACUCCCCUCCACCGCGACCCCUCCCUCGUAGCAGUGUCACCAGGCCGCUUUUUACCUUCAACAAGCCCCACCGCUGCUGCAACUGGAAGUGCACAGCCCUGUCUGCGUCUCUGCUCACGCUCACGCUGGCCCUGCUGCUCACAUACGUCAUCGCGGUCCACCUGUUAGGUCUGACCUGGCAUCUGCGGCACGGUGAGAGCCAGCUGUACGAGAACGGCCUGAGCUCAGCAGACCAUCAACAGGAGGACCGCAGCAAACCCAGACCCACCAGCUCCAUCCACCUGCUGGACACACUCAACCCUGAAACCACGUACACGGGUGACAGAGAGAAGUGGGUGAGAGGCCGCGCCAUUGACCACGGCAAGAUCGACAUCGGGACGCAGCAGAGCCAGGCGAUCCCGCCGGGACUCUUCUGGAGGUUUCAAAUGACUGUGCACCAUCCGACCUACGUCAAGUUCAAUCUCUCGCUCUCACACAACGCACUGCUGGGGGUCUACGGACGCAGGAACAUCCCGCCCACGCACACUCAGUUCGACUUUGUGAAACUGCUGGAUGGGAAGGCCCUGCCCAGAUCCUUGACUGACCCCGUCUCGGCCGCCAAAGCUCCUAAAGGCCUGCUGCUGAGCGGCCUGCAAGAAACGGGCUUCAUCGAGUACAUGGACCCCGGCACCUGGCACCUCGCUCUCUACAACGAUGGACGCAACCUGGAGCAAGUGUUGCUCCACAGCAUGCCCAUAGACUCAAUGGAUGGCUGCUCCACAGACUGUAAUGGAAACGGAGAGUGUGUGGCCGGACACUGCCACUGCUUUGCCGGAUUCCUGGGUCCUGAUUGCGCCAAAGUGGACUGUGUGGACCCUCAGUGCGGCGGGCAUGGCGUGUGUGUACGAGGGGAGUGCGUGUGCUCAGCCGGAUGGACAGGCGUCAGCUGCGAUGACCCUCUGCCAGCCUGUCAGGAGCAGUGUUCGGGGCAUGGCACCUAUCUCCCAGAGUCAGACACUUGUGCCUGCCAGCCCAACUGGACCGGACCGGACUGCUACACUG